AUGAGUGCCGAAGAAUUCCUCGCGGAAGCCGAGAGCGGCGCGGUGGCUGUUGACUGCCACGAUCAGGUGUUGCAAAUAGCGUUUAUGUACUUGGACGAGGGGCUGUGGGACGGCAAUGGUGUGUUCGAUGUCGUGGAGAAGCUGCACGCACGCGGAUGGUCUUUUGGCAAGGGGGAGUUAAGGUUCAAUCGCACCUUGGAUGUGUUCUACCUUGCACAGCUCGCCGCAGCCAUCUACCGCUCCUCUGACCAACUCACUGGCGACUUCCCUUCUCCCUCCGACUUCCCCAGCUUCUACGCCGCGCACGCCGCCCUCCUGAACCCGGAAGCAUGGCGCGCCUACUACUCCCCCGCGUUCCUCACGCACCCUACAACAGCACGUUUCUACCGCUUGCCCAACCUCCAAGACCUGCCUGAUUCUUCCUCACCGCUCGCGCAACCGCGCCAGAAUCUCCCUCCCGCUGCCGGCACACACGCCACGAAACUCCCCCGCUGGGCCCACAACGUAGCCCGUACAAGCCGCAGACAGCCUUCCCUUCCCCUAGAAACGAUUACUCGCUUGGCCCUCCGCACACUCGAAGCAACAACUUCGCGCCUGCGUGCGACCCACCCCAGUGUGAAGCCCUAUUCGGAAACGCAGGCGCGCUUUUGGCUCGAGCACAUGAAGCUCGGUUCAUCCGAAUCAUCUGGUUCGGGCACCGCCAAGGAGGCGUGGAGGCCGAACAAUUUCGGCGUGCUGAUCGCACAGGGCGGGGUUGAUGUCUUAGCGUGGGAGGCACGGUACUCGGCGCGGCUGUGGGAGGCGAGCGCAGUUCUGGGGGAGGUUGCAAAGCCGGAUUUGGAUUUGGAUGGGGCAUGGGAGAGCGGAGUGGAGUGGUGUGGAGAGCCGGAUGGAGGGGUGGGGAUGCAGGCGUGGUGGAGGGGGUGGGAUGGGGAGGUAGGGAGUGAGGAGGAGGUAGAGUUUUUGGCUGCUGUUGCUGUGGAGGAGACGGCUGGAUUGGAGGCGGAGGGGUUGGAUUUUGCGACACGGUCACAUGCGGUUUUGGGGGUGAUGCGGGCAGCGGUUGUGGACGAGGUGAAGAGGGAGGUUUUACUGAAGGAAAUGGAAAGGGGGAUGGUGCAGACGGGAAGGAUUGGCGAGGAUAGAGCAGGAAAAUGGCUGACAGAGGUUUUACUGGUCGUAGAGCCGUAUGUGAAGGUAUGGCAGGGUGUGUGGCCUGGUGUGGAGGCAAGGGGGCAAGUCCUACGGCGGAUUUUGGUGGAGAAUGGGCAGCUCUUUGCGAGAUGGAAAGUGUCGCCGCUUUUGAAGGAGUUUGAUUUUGAGCUGGGUCCCAGGGAGUAG